GUAGGAAUGAGCAUGACAGCUGAGCACGUGUAUGGUGUCACUGUUGCAGGAGAGUCCUCCUGUGACAACAGCGCUGCUGCCGGUCCUGCCAUUCCCUUUCUGCAGCCCAUGUUGGUGGGUCCUGCGCUCUUCUAGCUGCUUUGAGGUUCUUCCUGGUUGAAAACUGGAGCGGGGCUGCAGUUCCAUGGUGGUGCCAGCACUGGUGGGUUGAAGGAUGCCCCCUCCCAUCUCAGGUGACAUCGAGGAAUGGGGAAAACAAAAGUGGGGCUGGCGUGCUGGUUUUUCUGAGCUCUGCCAGUCAACAGUGUCUCAUUUGUCUUGGGAAGACUGUGCAGAUGGGGCCUCGAGUUACACAGCAGCAAGGGUGUAACUGAGCGUGCCACCUGGGCUCUAAGAAGCUUUUGUGGUUUGUAACCAAUGCUCGUCAGAGGAGCUAUCUCGAGAGCUCACAACUGGCUCACUUAAAAGUCGGAUUUGUUUUGAGCUGUUCAAAUAUGAAGAUGUUGUGGAUGCCCCGUCCCUGGAAGCGUUCAAGGCCAGGCUGGAUGGGGCUUUGAGCAACCUGGUCUGGUGGGAGGUGUCCCUGCCCACGGCAGGGAGGUUGGAAUUAGAUGAUGUUUAAGGUCCCUUCCAACCCGAAUCAUUCUGCGAUUCUACGAGCUGGGGAUGAAAGGACAUGCAGAAGUGUAAGUACAGGGAUGGCUGGUGCAGGGUAGAGGCAGUAAGUGGUGAGUUGCUAAAGCAGCACUGCUGGGGUUGUCCCCACACACAGGCUGCUGCCUUUGCAGUGAGGUUUGCAAUGCGCCGUGUUUGUGCACAGUUGUGGAAAAGGUGUGCCGCUGCUACCCCUGAGCUGGCCAGUGACCCUUGUCACCGUGUUCCCCUCCAUGCCAUGCAAAUGAAGGCAGCUGCAUUUCAGUUCCUGCGCUCUGCACAGCAGCCCUACAUCCUGCACGUCAUGUUGCACGUGGCUGGCCGUAAGGAAGCAGCUCAUCGCCCUAUUUCAUGUGCUGUGCUGGCUCAGGCCUAAGCACUGAUGAUGCUUGCAGAGAAACCAGGGUCACCAGAACAUCCUUUUAAUGGCACAGAGGACCCUGCGCAACAGCACGACAGGGAGUUGCUUCCAAGCAUGUCCCAGGCAGCAACUGCAGCUUAACGUCCCACCAGGGGAGCGAGGCCCAGCCCAGCCCAUGGAGCCACAGGGGAUUGUCAAAGCCUUUCCCAAGAGGAAGAAGGUGAGGGAUGACUCAGGGAAAAGCAUCCCUCCAAAGAUCCCAAAAGAAGGAACAGGGGUACCUGAGGCAGAGUGGCUGAAACCAGUCACCGCCUACGUGUUGCAAGCUGGCAUCGGCCAAGCCAGGGCAGAGAUCUUCCGUAAGCAAAUUGUCCAGAAUGGGGGUCAUGUAUGCGACCAUCUCUCUUCAGAGGUGACGCACGUCAUUGUGGCUGAAGACAUGGAUUGUGAUCGAUCCUUUCGGCUCCUGAAAUUAACCAAGCUGCCUUCGGGGUUGCAGCUAGUGAAGGCAUCCUGGCUCAGUGCUUGCAUUAGAGAUCAGGAGCUGCUGAGUACCACUGGCUACGGUGUCUUUAUCCCUCAGAGGUACCUGGAAAAGGGAGAACAGCAGAAACAGCAGCAGCUCCUGGGCAAUGAAGAGGUCCAGCCCCCAGCAGACAAGGAAGCAGCGGAACCAAACACUAAAACACCGGUGGGGGACUUCUCACAGCAAGGUCUGUCCGAGAAAGUCUGUGAUGAUGAAGACAGCGAAGGAGAAGAUGCUAGUGUCACCCAGGGGGAUCUGGAAGCACUGAUUUCUGGCCGCUACCCUGUGAAAUUGUCGGAGGAGACCAGUGACAGCUCUUCCACAGUGGCGCAGCCUGCCAGCAAGUGGGUUUGUGCUCAUUCCUCCGACAGCAAGAAGGAGAAUCACAACCAGUGCAUCACAGAGAAGCUGGAAGUGCUGGCAAAAGCCUAUUCUGUCCAGGGGGACAAGUGGAGGGCCCUGGGCUACUCAAAAGCCAUCAAUGCACUCAAGAGCUACCACAAACCAGUCACCUCCUACCAGGAAGCCUGUAAAAUUCCUGGGAUUGGGAAGCGAAUGGCAGAGAAGAUCCUGGAGAUCUUGGAGAGCGGGCACCUGCGAAAGCUGGAUCAUAUCAGUGAGAGUGUGCCUGUGCUGGAGCUGUUUUCCAACAUCUGGGGAGCCGGUGUCAAGACAGCUCAGAUGUGGUACCAGCAGGGUUUCCGGACGCUGGAUGAUAUCCGCACGAAGGCGUCUCUCACCAGCCAGCAAGCUGUGGGACUGAAGCACUACGAGGAUUUCCUGCAGCGCAUGCCUCGGGAGGAAGCUGCGGAAAUAGAACAGACCGUCAGACAAGCAGCCUUGGCCCUGAAGCCUGGGCUCGUGUGCGUGGCGUGUGGCUCCUACCGCCGGGGGAAGCCCACGUGCGGAGACGUGGACGUGCUGGUCACUCACCCCGACGGGCAGUCUCACCGCGGGGUGUUCAACAAGCUGCUCGACAGCCUCCACAGGAGCGGCUUCCUUACAGACGACCUAGUGAGUCAGGAGGACAACGGUGAUCAGAAGAAGUACCUGGGGGUCUGCCGCCUCCCUGGGCCAGCCCGGCGUCACCGCCGUCUGGACAUCAUCGUGGUGCCUUACGGCGAGUUCGCCUGCGCCCUGCUCUACUUCACCGGCUCGGCUCACUUCAACCGCUCCAUGCGGGCCCUGGCCAAGACCAAGGGCAUGAGCCUCUCGGAGCACGCCCUCAGCUCGGCUGUGGUGCGAGGCCCCGGUGGCGUAAAGGUGUUACCUGGCCGUAUUCUGCCCACCCCCACCGAGAGAGAUGUCUUCAUCCAGCUGGGACUACCUUACCGGGAGCCCUCCGAGCGGGACUGGUGACACGCUGCUGUCACCCAGCGCUCUGAGCCCGCUGCCGUGCUGCUGGUUUGCGGGGUGCUGGCUUCCCCGGUGCUGUGACUGCAAGCUGGGGAUCAUAAACCAGCAAACGGGGCCCUGCUGCUAGCAGAGCUUUGUGGCUUCACCCAGCAGAGGGCGUGGGCUGGAACCAGGCUGGAACCAGGCUGGAAAUGCUGCCCGGUGCCCCACACAUCCUGUGCCCCAGCACUCAGGCAGCCCCUGGCUCCCAUAAGCUACCCUGGCCGCUGGACCAGGCCCCUUCCCCUGCUCACUGCUGCUAGGAGCUGCUGCUGUAGGUAUCACAAAGGUAUCACGAAGGUCCCCCUGUGCUGGUGCUGUGUCCUCCCUCCAUCAGACCUGACUUUUGUCAUCUGGCAGGUCUCAUUGCUUGGGGUUGGGUUGCUGCGGCUGCCACCAGCUUCCCCUGGUGCCCAGUAACCCUUGAGGAAGCACGGGGACUCAAAAUGCUGCGUGUGCUUGCUCUCAGCCCAUCGUGUGUGAGUAUCUGCCAGUGCAGAGAGCUGUGAUCCCCCUGCUCCGGGCACAGGGGCUCCUUUCCUCUCCGUGGAGGGGAGGAGAGGACCUUGGGGUUCAGUGGAGCCGUGCUCAGGCAGGGUUUGAAUGUAAUGGCACUGAAUGUAACCUGGCAGGGCCGUGUGUUUGCUGCACACAGGGUGUGGAGGCAGAGAGAAACACAAGGAGAUAGUUGUAUGAAUUUGGGCAAAGCAAAGCUUUCCCAUUCUGUGCGCGUGAUGGCCAGGAAGUCAUCUGAGCUUUGCGUGUGUGUAUGUGAGUGUACGUGUAAACGUGUGCUCAGCCCUUCACUUCCAGAGGAGUGAAUUUUAUUUCUCAGGAAACCUCAGCUAUUUCUAUAUUCUGGAGAUGAAUUUUGCAGGGGCUUUCGGUGCUCUGCAGCACCGGCUGCUGCGAAGGCCAGGGUGGGUGUUCCUGUGCCAGGACCGCCAGGCUCUCCCUUGUCUUGUGGGGUCCUGGUCACUCUGCACUUUGCUGUGUCACUGUCACACGUGGCGAUGAGCUGCGUUUGCUGCUGGGGCAGGCACAAGGGCAUCGAACCUGGCAGUUUUGCACAGGUUCUUGCUGCACUGUCGGCUGGGGCUGUCGGGCACCAGCGGUGGGGUCUGGGCUCUUUGCUGGGGAGGCCUCGACCCAGGGGUGUCUGUGGUCAGCCCAGCCGUUCUACACAACGCUUGGUGGAAACAAACGUCACCUGGCUUGUCGUGGUGCUUCGGAAUUUGAAGUACAAUAAAUCCCAUCUCUCUCUUUCCUUGA